AUGUUUGCCCUUGCUCGUGCAUCCGCCUCUGCCGCUGUGGCUGCGCCGGCAGCCGCUCGUGCCGCAGUCCGCUGCAUCUCUGACGCGGCCCUUGCCCAGGAGCUGACCUUUCCCAUUACUCCGUUCAAGUGCCACCUCACCGACGGCCCGCAGGUCGAGGAGAUGACGACGACGGGCGCAGAGCUGCUCGAGUUUUUCAAGCUCGCCGUCCACUACCGCCGGCUGGAGCUUGUGGCCGAGAGCGCGUACAAGCAGCAGCUCAUCCGCGGCUUCUGCCACCUGCACAUCGGGCAGGAGGCCAUUCCCAUCGGGAUGGAGGCGGCCAUCUCCAAGGCCGACUCGGUCAUUACCGCCUACCGCUGCCACACCCUGCUCAAGGCUCGUGGCGCCAGCGAUGUGGAGAUUCUUGCCGAGCUUCUUGGCCGCGAGGCCGGUUGCUCGCGCGGCAAGGGCGGCUCCAUGCACAUGUACGGCCCCGAGUUCUACGGCGGUAACGGCAUUGUCGGCGCCCAGAUCCCCAUCGGCGCCGGCCUCGCCCUUGCCCACAAGCACGCCAACGCCAAGGCCGCCGACGACGCCAAGCGCAUCGCCGUCGCGCUCUGCGGUGACGGCGCCGUUCCGCAGGGCCAAGUUCACGAGGCCUUCAACAUGGCCGCUCUCUGGAAGCUGCCUGUCAUCUUCUGCGUCGAGGACAACCAGUUUGGCAUGGGCACUUCGGUCUCGCGCUCCAACGCCAACACCGAGUUCUACACCAUUGGCCACGGCGUCAUCCCGGGCGUUCAGGUCGACGCCAUGGACCCGCUUGCCGUCAAGGCCGCCUUCCAGUGGGCCCGCCAGGCCACCAUCGACAACGGACCUACCAUCCUCCAGCUCAAGACCUACCGCUACCGUGGCCACUCGAUGUCCGACCCGGGCACCUCCUACCGCACCCGCGACGAGGUCAAGGAGGUCCAGAAGUCCAGGGACGUCAUCGAGGGCAUCCGCGCUCGCGUCAUUGACGCUGGUAUCGCCGACGCCGCAGAGCUCAAGGCCAUCGAGAAGGACAUCCGCAAGACCGUCGAGGCCGCCCUUGAGGAGGCCAAGGCCUCGUCCGAGCUCCCCGCCUCGGAGCUCAUCACCGACAUCUACGUUGACAAGGAGUCGCAGAAGGGCUUUGUCCGUGGUGUUAGCCUCGACAAGUCAUGGGUCCUGUAAGUACCUGCGAUCGUCAUGCUCAUGACCGCAAUCGUAAACACCCCUUCCCCCCCC